AUGGGCAGUUACCUGGGCAAGUCAGGACCCCAGCCGCGGCCUCCCGCCCAGGUGCGCACAGACCUGCCCGAGAGUCCGGUGAACCGUCGGCCGGCUCAGCCCCUUCACCAAAUCCACCGGGUUCAGCACGUCCAUCGCGCCCACCCUGCCCCGAGGCACAGACCUGCGAGGAGGCCGCCAAAUUGGGACCCUAAUAACCCCACCUCGUGGGGAGUCAAUGAGGCUUGGAGGCGCUUUCCCAUGAGGAGGCCCCUAAAUUCCAUCAUGGGGCCUCUUCCCUCAGACUGGUGGGAAAGUUACCUCAAGAGAUCUAUUUGGUCUCUUCGGCACCCCCAGGCAACUUGGAGCCCGGUGACCGUCAAGAUCGCGCCUCCGGAGAGGAGGGCUCCCCCCACCACUUCACCAGCGGAGGUCAUCAAUUCCGCAGAGUCAUCACUCCCCGAGAAGGCCCGGGACCCCUGUGCCAAGGAGACAGUGCUUCAAGCCAUCAGCCAGAGCACGAAAGGGAGAGCCAGGCUGCAAGAACCCCUCUUCCCCCAGAGUUUGGACCGUAAGAGAAGGAGUUCAGAGGCCAGAUCGUCUGCAUUUAAGCCCCUGAUGAAAAACGGAACCCGCACUUAUUUCGUGCCCAAGGCUGGGCUUCUGAAGAAAAGCCUCCACUCCUGGAACUCAGAUCACAGCUUGAAGAAGAGGCCCAGUUGCUGCUCUAAGAACUCCUUGGCCAGUACACACCCAGGUAGCUCCCUCCGCUCCAAAAGAAAUGUGAUUACAAGCUCUUACAGCUCUUCUAGAAAUUUCUCCCAGAAGAGAAGUGUUCCCAGUGCAUCCCUCCAGACACCAGAGUGGCCAGUGAAAAAGAAAGAUAAAGGUCAUCUGGUUCACUCCCCGAGCCCUUUGGUAUCAGAAUCUGGUAGAUCUGGGCAGCAAAACCAGAUGAUUCCAUUGCUGCCAUGUAGCCCCCAGAACCUGCUGGCCCUUGCCCCACCCCCCCAGCUUGGUUAUGUGCUCCCUGAAGAGGAUCUGGACAGAGGGGAGCUGAGAUUAACAUGGAACAAGUGUGGAGAGGAGGGUGUGACGGAGCCGGCCACAGUCUCUGGCCCUGAGACUCAGUCUGCAACUGAACCUUCCCCGGAGCACACCCCACCUUCUGCAGGGUCAGCUCCAGCACAGGGCCCCCAUCCUCAGCUUGGAAAGCAAAUGCAGGAGCCCCCAGGCCCCGCGGCCUACCCACAGUCUACUGGAGAAGCACUUCGUGUGGGUGGUUCACCUCUGAACACACCCCGCCUGCUGACCCCACCGGGGUGCUCACCAUCAGCGCCCCCUCCAGACACCUCUCCAGACUGCAAACCUGAAGCUGCUUUCAUCCUCCUGACCCCCGUUUCUCCCACAACAUCAGUCCCUGCCACCACCUGGCCACCUUCCACCCUGCAGGCUGGCGAGGCCUCUCUGCCCCAGCUCCUGCCUGCCGCUACUCCCUUAACACCUGCCACGCAGAGUCAUUUGUUUGGAAUGAUGAGUAGCCCAGCACCCCAUCUUCCUGAACCUACACCUCUUACUGCAGCUUCUGCUGACCACCUAUCCAAAUGCACUUUGGGGCUCACACCCGCUAGUGAGAUUAGAGGCUGUUUCUAUUCCAGAAUUUCAGUCACAACAGUGGCAUCUUCAAUGUCGGGGACCUCAACUCCCACUUUUAAGCCCAUCUUUGGCAGCAUGGCACCACUUCAAACUAUGCCCGUGACACCCCCCCACUCUUCCAAGCAGCUCUCCCCUCCAGCUACUCCAGUGUCGACAGAUCUCUUCCAGGGCCUGGUCAAGGCCACCUCAGUUGUCUUGUCCACCGCUCAAGCCAACACAUGUAAAGACACUGUUUCCACGCCGCCCUUGGACUCUGGUGUGGUGAAUGCGCCCCGGACCCCGAGUGACACUUCCUCCGUCCCUUCCACUUGCCACACAUUCCUUCUGGGGGCUGCCCGAGCCUUCAGAGCCAGCUUCUCACCAGCCACAGGCUUCGUGUUCCCACCACACACCUGUCCUUCCACCCCUAGUGUCCACACAGUCACCAUCUUCGGCCAGGUCCUCCCCAGCGGUGGCCAGAUGUCCCCUCACAGCAGCGCAGCCAGUUUUAGGGACCUGAAGAGCCCACAGCAGGUCUCAGCCUUGGCAACUCCCGACCAGUCUGCCCUGUGCUCCAGCACCUCCCAACCAAACUCAGCAUCCCCAGUUCCCUUGGGAUCAAGCGCCACGCCAACCUUCCUGCUAUCCCCAGCAGCCACUCCCCCGCCUGCCUUUGGGGGAGCAGCUAGGCAGAAACAAGAGUUCCCCCAGCCAGCCCUGGGCCUGAGCUUCAACAGCUCGCUGAUUUUGGGGAGCUCAGCAAUAACAUCAACUCCUGCACCAACACCCCCUCAGCCAGCCUUCAGCAGCCCUACACAGGCAGCCCGAGCGGGCCCGACACCCUCCCCCUCCACAUCCCCCUUUCACAGCCCUGUCAGGGCCAGGCAGGGCUCGGGCGGCGGCAGGCCAGCAGCCUUUCCCUUUGGUCCCGCUAGUGCCACUGGUUUUAGAGCUGCCAGCCAGACGGCCUGCCGCUCAGUGUUCGGCAGCACGGCCCCGCGACCCUUUGCCUUUGGGGGAUUAGUGACCCCGAUGGACUGCGGGGACUCUGGAGUCAGCCUGGCUGCCCCCCACACAAGAUCCACCUCUGGCCCACGCAGCAGCGUCGCAACAGCGUCUCGAGGGACCUCUAGCACAGCCUCACCUUUUGGAAAGGCCUGGAGUCAGAACGCCAGGGGCCCAAGCAGCCAGAGCACACCUUUUGUCUUGGGGAGGGCGAGCAUUUCUGCAAGAAAGAAUAUGUUUGGGGGGGCCUGCAGGGCCUCCUGUGAUCAGAGCACCGCUGCCCAUGGGCCAGUGAAGACCGGCAGCAAGCAUAGCUUUGGGGUGUCCUCUCCACCCUCCCAGGGCUUUGUUGGGAGACCAUCUUUCAGAUCAUCAGCCCCUUCAUUUUCCAUGGGUGCCAAAUCAAAACCCCCAAAGAAUCGGGAGCAAUGGCAUUCCCGCAGGCACCAUGCCCACAAGAAAUAG